AUGGAUUUUGGAGAAGCUAUCGAAUUUGUUAACAAGAUUAAGGCGAGAUUUGGGAGUGAUGACCGUGCAUAUAAAAAGUUUCUUGACAUUUUGAACAUGUAUAGAAAGCAAAGCAAGUCUAUCUCUGAUUUAUAUCAAGAGGUUACUCUGUUAUUUCAGGACCAUGAAGAUACUUCAGGAUCAGGGUCUGCUCAUUCCCCUCUGUCCGGAAGGAACACAGUACCUGCCAUGCAUCCAAGGAAUUUUGAGAAGGUUUCUCUAAACUCAUAUUUCUGA